AUGGCUGAGCACGAGCGCUACGCCACAUGGCGUCAAAAAAACAACCACAAAUCCAUAAUCCUUGCUCGUGCUCUUGGAAAUGCGGAAAGAAAUCUAGGGGACUUUGAGCAAGCCGAGGUUUACUUGCGAGAGGCCAUCAAGCCGCUACAAUUUCUGGCUUGCUACACGGCCUAUCUCGGCGGCCUACAAUCGGAUCUUGGUGACUUUCUUUUAGAGCGUGGGCACCCGAAAGCCGCCGAAAGUCAAUUUCUCAACGCAUUGAACAGCUUCCAGAUGAUCCAAUAUGCCAACGAUGCCGCCAUUCAGGGAGUCAAACUCGCUGAAGUCGGCCUAGACCCAUGGUUCUACGCUACGGAAUUGUGCCUUGCGCGACCAUGGCUAGAAGAGGGUCAAGCGGAUGAUGCAGUUCAAAAGCUAUUGUGGAUCGCAGAUAGUGCACCUCAGGUCGGGAUCGGCUCCAUAUGUCGACAUGGAGCUCUUUUCACGCUGGGAAAGCACUAUGUGUCCUCCGAUCCGUCAUCGGCCCAGGAACAUUUAAAAUGUGCGUUUGAUGGGUAUAGGAACAUACUGGCCGCAAAUCAUCCGUUUAUGAUGAAGACUAGUCGGCUAUUGUAUCGUUGUUAUCAACAUCAGCCUGAAUGCGGAUUGGCCGAACGGUUCAAACAAACUGUGAAGGAGCUACUGGACGAGAUCGUCCAGAAGAAAUCUGUGGAAACUAUACUUUCUACGUUGUUUACGGAUGACGAUAACGACCCUCCAGAAGAGAACGAAAUUCAACCGGUGGAAACUGACGAUCAAGGCCUUGAGGAUCAUGACGGUCUUGCAGUUGAUGGUUAUGACUGCGACUCGGAUUUGGAUUUCCAUUCCGAUGACGAGUGCGCCUGUCCCCACGACCAUAAGGGGCAUAAUCAUGAACAUCACCAUGAACACGAACACGAAUAUGAACAAACUCCUAUAACCAAAAAAGAAGAGACUGGUCCUUUUCAAGAAGUGACAUUUCCCUCCGACCCCUUCUUCACGCGUCUGAUCAAUGCCGCCCACCAAAACAAAGAUGGAAUCAUCAUCAACGACAGUGCACAUGGCCUACAACUCACCUACACCCAGUUCCUGCACGAUGUGCAGGUGCUGCGGCUGAAAAUUCAAAAUGCUAUUCCCUCCAGCCAGCUUGAUGCAACUGGUUCGUUCAAAGAGGGUGCUGGCUACGUCGCUGUACUAGCCGAGAUCCAGUACCCAUUUUUUGUGGCGAGCUUGGCGAUUCUCUCAAUGGGAGGUGUUAUUGUCCCAAUGGGACAUGCCCCCGAAGCAGAGCAAGUGCUCGCUAUUGUAGAAGAAUCCAAAGCGGUGGCUUUAGUCUUUGAUCCUACCCAAGCGGACGUGUCAUCAGCCAUAUCGAAAGAGAAUGAAUCUCUAAUCCAACUCCCCAUCGAGAUCAACCAGGCUCAGAAGGAUUCCGAGGAACAUACGCAGUUCCGCUUUAUUACGGCUUCCGCAGGCGGUCUGGCCUUUUCCGCUGAUCGUCCAGCUCUUCUUCUUUACGGUGGUGAUGGGGAACCUAACACGUUGACACGCCAGAGCUUCUACGACCAGGCUACUGGUGGUUCGAAUUCAGCAACGGCGGAAAGGUCGGAUGUAAUGAUGCUGUGUAUUCUUAUUUGUUUGUCUUCUGGGCCGGCGCCAUGA